GCUCGGAACGUAUGGUGUGCCUACACUGACGCUACUUCUCAAUAGGAAUGUGCUGUUUUAUUCUUGACACGUCGACAUCUGUGCGCCGAACAUUUAAAAAAUAUUAAAUAAAUAUAAUGACUUUGAACUCGUAUGUCAGUGAAAAUAUAUGCUCUUGCAAGUGAAUUGCAAUGUUGUAUAAGAUCUCGUGAUAAAAAUCAUACGUCGUCUUAUAUAGCAGACGUUAUCUCAAGUUUCAGUGCAAGUUUGACAUGCUCCUCUAUGUCCAAGUAUCUCAGAUAUGAUUUUUUAAAAUAAUUUUCUAGAAUCUUAUAAUUAAACAGUGUGCUUCACGAGCAAUGUGCUAAAUGAGAUUUAACGGGAAUAAAUUAACUGUCCAUCAAAAACUAAUGACAAUUUUUUCUAAGAAUGAAGCUUAUUCAACAUGACAUUGCACGCUAUUUAUAUAUUUUAUUUAUUAUCUCUGCUAUUGUCAAAACGUUUGCCCAAGAUUUGCCAAACGUUCAGGAGAAAACGAUUCACUUGCCAGAAACAAAAUUUAAUUUUAACGAAUAUUCCGAAUAUCCAGAUAAUACGGACAAGGUCGUAGGACCUCUGGCACCGCAAUGGAAUCAAAUACUUUCUUCCAAUCGUAAUUUACAGAUACAAAAUGUUAAUAGUAUCGAUAAUGAAAGUUCAUCUCAAUCUUUAGAAGCAUUAGAUCCAAAUAUAAAAUGGGAUUCUCAAUGGGCAUCUGAUUUGAAAUUAAAACAAAUAUCUGCAGUGUCAUUGGAUCCUAAUGGAAAUGUAGCGUUAUUCCAUAGAGGAAAGCGAACUUGGGACCAAGAUACGUUUAACAAUAAAAAUAAAUUUGAUCCUAAUAAAGGUCCGAUAAAAGAAAAUACGAUCUUCCUCAUGGAUAAGACUGGGAAAGAAUUAUUACAAUGGGGUAAAAAUAUGUUUUACUUACCUCAUGGAUUGACGAUAGAUUUCAAUGGAAAUUAUUGGAUUACGGACGUUGCCUUACACCAAGUAUUGAAAUUCGAUGCUAGCGAUAUAGAGACACACUGGGAAGAUCUAAAAAGAGAACAAUAUGAUACAAAAUUAGUAGAGGUUGACACUUAUGAUCGAAAUGCCUUAUUCAAACGCAGUAUUAUAAAACCAUCUUUGGUUCUUGGAGAGGCCUUUGAACCUGGUAACGAUAAAACACGAUUUUGUAAGCCAACAGCAGUUGCUGUACAGUUAAAUGGAGAUUUCUUUGUUAGCGAUGGUUAUUGUAAUUCUAGAAUUAUUAAAUUUAACAAAAAAGGUGAACAAAUUUUAGUAUGGGGUCGUCAUUGGGGAGAAAGAGAAUUUAUGUACCAACAACCACCACCACAUAAUGCAUUCUUUGUACCGCAUGCAUUAGCUUUAGCAAAUGACCUAAAUUAUAUUUUUGUCGCUGAUAGAGAAAACGGUAGAGUUUCCUGCUUUUUUGCUAGUAAUGGCACGUUCCAUAAAGAGUACGCACAUCCUAGCAUUGGUACAAAGAUAUACAGCGUAGCAUAUGCACAAGAACGUAUUUAUUUGAUCAAUGGACCCGAUUUAUUUGAGAACAACGUGCAUAUACGUGGUUUUAUCGUAGAUAUCAAUUCUGGAAAUGUAUUAUCACAAUUUGCACCUACAGAAAAAUUAAGUAGACCACACGAUAUAGCUGUAAGCAAAGAUGGAUCAGAGAUUUACAUCGUAGACUUAGAUACAUCCAAGAUAUAUAAGUUUUUACAAAAAUCGACCAGUGCUACCGAAAUAGAAAAUUCUACGUAUUCAUCGAAUCAUCAUCAAACCGCACCAUUAACGGAUAUUAAUUCCGAAGAAACGUCCGAUUCAAAAACUACGAUGGCAACUUUAAUAUUCUCUCUUGUUACAACUACUCUUAUUUUUAUCGCAGUAUGCGUGAUUACUGCUGCUGUUAUAGUGAAGUGUCAAAAAAGAGGAUGUUUGUUAAUGAUGCGUAAAAAAAUGCAUUGGCAAGCAGAAAGAAGAGAAAAUUUUAAGCUUUCAAACUUACUUGAAAAACGAAGAGGCAAGGGAUUCAAAUUUUUCGAGAAACGGCCGAACAAACGAGACUUCAGUAAAUUAAACACCGAACCGGAAACUUCCGACGACGAGCGUCCUGAGAAUAAUAUAAACAUGAUGAUAUAAAUACUUCACGUUUAUCGAAUAAUAAGCGAGAAGAACAAUUUUCCUCGUAAAGUUACGUAUAUAAGAAAAUUGUUAAAAGGAAAAAAAAAAAAAAAAAGAGAAAAAAAAAGAAAAGGUAGACGUUCUUUGUAAAACGAUCGAACGUAAAAAUAUCGACCGUUGGAAUAUUCGAACGAUCUACCAUUAUUUAAACGAAUUAAUCGAAAAUUUCCAAAUCUUAAAAUUAAUUGAAUUCCACGUAACGUCUAUAAUUUCUUAAUAAUGUCAAUACGUAUUAAUUAUGACGAUCGUUAGAUAAUCGAAAAAUUAAUAUUUUUGAAGAAAGAGAAAAACAAAGAACUUACCUCGUCCGCGAAUCGUCAGGAAAAGAACGUGCUCGGUAAAGAUGGCGAUCGCAACGUCGCAAUUUUCCGUUACGAACGAGAAAGCGAAUCGAUAUAUCGAUAUAUUACACAUACAGUUAAACAUUAUAUUACACAUAAAAGAUUUAUAGAACGAAAUCGAUUUGAACGUUUCGACGGUUAGUCAAUUGGUUAACCGCGUUACCGAACGGACGAUAGUUGCGUGUGUCGAACUUAAUUCGAAACUAAAGGAUAAAACUAAAAUUAAUAACAGACAUAUUUUAAAAAUAAUUUAAUCGAUAAUGUGGAAAUAAUGUGCAGUAAUAAUGUGCAAAUAAUUGAAAAUUGUUGAACGGUACAAUGUGAAGUUAAGAUUGAUCGGUUAUGAUAAUGAGCUUCGAUCCCAGGUACGUUUUUUUCGAUAUAUUUUUUUCUUCUUCUUUCUUUUUUCAUUUUUU